CGGAGCAGCCAAUCAUGCGCCAGUUCGUUGCUGACCGUCGUGGAGUUCGGAUAGCGCGGCAUGUGAAAAGGCAGGGAAGACGCGAAACUUGUGGCUCUAAGAUAGACUUGAAAAUGAAGUGACAUCGGACAUUUAGCCCGUGUCCCCAGAGGAGAUUUCCAGUAACAGCCAUGUGCUUCUCGUUGUAAACGUAUUGCAAAUUGGAGAAAAACCUGUGGAACAAAACUGCUACGUGUUGUGACUGGUGUACGGAUUAGCGUGUUGGAGUUUCAUAAGGAACAAGUGUUAUGCUGAACUAGUGACAAUGGAAUUUAUACAGAUUAAAGACAUAAGGCCAGGUAUGAAAAAUUUAAACGUUGUGUUUAUUGUCCUCGAAGUUGGUCAUACUACCGUCACAAAGGAGAAUCGUGAAGUGCGAACAUUCAAAGUUGCGGAUGCCACUGCCUGUGUUAACGUAUCCGUGUGGGAUGAGCCUGGACAGCUGAUCGCUGCUGGAGACAUUAUUCGACUGAUAAAAGGUUAUGCCUCGGUGUGGCGUAAUUGUUUAACCCUGUACUCAGGGAAGAAUGGGGAGGUGCAGAAAAUAGGUGAGUUUUGUAUGGUGUUUAAUGAACAGCUAAAUAUGAGCGAACCAAAUCCAGCAUUGACCUCACAGCUGGUAAAUCAAAAUUCUGCAUCUCAGAAUAACAACAUGAACAAUUCGAAUAGUGCAAACAGCAGUAAUGGCGGGUUAAUAAACAGGCAUUCUGCAUCUGCUCAGGCACAACCUACACCUCAGAUGAACUCAGUGGCCCCUUCUAAAAGCACCUCAUCCAGUUCAAGGUUUUCAAACGAGCAGACUAGCAAUAACAAAUCUCAGGGCAAAGGCAAUCAGAGAGGGAAGGGGAGCCACAGAAACGGUUCUCGAGGGGAAAGAAGAUAAUACAGACCACAGAAUUCCUGGACCUUUGCCUGACAAUAGACUGACAAACCAUUUGUAACUGUGAAAUCAUUAACAUGAAUUGUAAAUUGCCUUCAGUGUACAGGUAGAUGAUAAAUGCAUCUACUACUGUAGUAAUAAUUUCGCAAAUUAAUUGUACAUUAAUCGAAAAAAAUUCAAUAUAUUUAGCUAAACGA